UUGUGCGCCUCAGAUCUAUUCAUCAUUAGUCAUCAAUAUUUGUGUUUUGGUUUAUCUAGCAGUUGCAUCAUAAACAACAAUUCCCUUCGUCCCGUCUGUCGGAAAAUUCCCCCAAUUUUCCCUCUCAGGGAUCCGUCGAGAUAAUGAGGAAUGCAUUGAAAAUAGGUGAGCAGCAUCCCGAAAAUCCCGGUAGCAAAAAUGUCGCAAGGAGACCAAACCUUAUUGAGCAGCCUCCAGAAGCUCGACUUGGAGACUAAGAAGCCCCCCACGGAUGCCCCCGCGAACCCCUUCAUGCACCGCAGGCGCUCCAAGUCCCUGUCGAGCAUCAACUUCGGCUCGACUUGCGACUGCCUUAAGAAGAACCUCGCGAUCAGACACACCACGUCCUUCAAGCGCCCCAACAAGAAGAUCCUGCGGGACCCCAUUCUCAAGUUCAUCAAAUGCUCGCACAGUGAUAAAAUGCACAACGUUAAAAUCUCGAAGAAGCGCAAAGAGAAACUGUUCGGCCAGUGCGCGCGGUACAAAGAGCGCGACUUCAAGUCGAUAGUGGACGCCUGUAAGAAACUGACUCUGAGCGCGCCGAAUAGUGAGACUGAGUGUUACAGUUCGGCUAGUUUUCAGAAACCGAGGUCUAGGUCUAGUAGUUUGUCGUCGAGAUCUGAAGCGUGUACUGUAGGAACGAGCUGCUCGCACCAGGCGAGGAUUAACGUGACGCCCCCUUGUGAUGUGACAAUCGAUGAACUUGCGAGUUAUUUUGAGACGUUUGUCCAUAUACCGAAAAAAAUGAGUUCGAUGGCUGAGAUGAUGUAUAUUUGAGUGGCUUUUUGUAGUGAUGAACAAAUUUUUGUAUAUUGAUUCAUAUCGAUGUAAGUAGAAGCAGGCUUGUGAGAACUAGACAUUAACAACGAUUAUUAAGACUGA